AUGGAUCAUCUACAGGCACCUCUGACGGACCCUCCGGCUCCGGAGCACCACCCAGUGGCACAACACCAGCCGGAACCCCCGAGGUCACGGCUCACAACAAAAGCAUUCUGUGAAUCUGGAGGCACCAGCAAGAGCGAUGAAGUCCUCUUCCUCCCUCCGAUCGUCGAUGCCGCCGAGUCCUCGCCGGGCGCUGCCACGGAAUGCGCGCGCCUCAUCCGCAAGUACAUGUCCAAGGAAUACCUUUCGCGACCUGCGUGGCAGUACAACGCCAUCAUGCUCAUGCGCAUCUUGACCGAUAACCCCAGCUCGACCUUUACACGCAAUCUCGACCAAAAGUUUGCCGACACAACUCGCGCGCUGCUCAGGGGUGUGCGCGACCCCAGUGUGCGCCAGAUCCUGAUGGAAACCCUGGACGACUUUGAGCGUACCAAGAUGGACGACGAGGGCCUGGUGAUUCUGAUCACCAUGUGGAAAAAGGAAAAGGAGAGGGCGUGGAAGGAUUUCGGGGGACAACCACCUCAGCAGAUGAUGGGAUCUCCAGGGGCCUACAACACCCCUCCUGUUAACCCGCACUCGCAAAACUACUUUGCGAGACACCAUACAAAUAGGGCGCUGCCUGAUCCUGUAGAACUGGCUAGCCGACUCGAGGAGGCUCGAACAUCGGCCAAGCUCCUCGAGCAAGUCGUCAUGAACACGCCUCCCACCGAGAUCCUGAACAACGAGCUCAUCAAGGAGUUUGCCGACCGGUGUUCGAGUGCUUCUCGAAGUAUUCAGGGUUACAUGGUGUCCGAGAACCCGACCCCUGACAAUGACACCAUGGAGAACCUCAUCGACACCAACGAGCAGCUUCAGACAGCAUUGAACCAGCACAAGAGGGCUGUUCUCAACGCCAGGAAGCAAAUGGGCCUUGGAGAACCAGCCGACUCGCAGUCGCCCGCAGUUUCUCCUCAACCCCAGACCAAUGGCUCCAACAACCAUUUCAGCGACCACGCUUCACCGUCAGGAUCAGGAUCUGGCGGCUACCCCUACCCGGAUCACGUCGCCAACGUGAGUGGCAAGGGCAAGGAGACGGAAUCAUACACACCGCCCCCUGGUCCACCUCCAAGAGCCGGAGAGGGAAGUUCGAGCAAACAACCCGACGAGUCUGUCGAGAACCCCUUUGCAGACCCUCAACCAGGCGGUUCAUCGACUCACCCCGGUCCCAGCACGACAAACGAUUAUCUUGACCAGCGUCUUGCCUUUGAGCCCUUCCAUCCUGGCUUCCAGCCGACUGAAAGCUAUAUCGGUCGUCAAGACAGCGCUGUGGGCAAGGUGCAGAUGCACGGUGGAGUGUCGGCUCAGAGCCCGGCUCCUACAAGUCAAAAUCCCCCACGACCGCGGGUGGACGAAGUCUCGGACGACGACGAUAUCUAUGAUGCGCCCCGCGAUAGUGCGCCUACAAACAAACAGCCCUUGUACCGAUAUUAG